UUGGAUUUUCCAAGGUUUGAGGUUAGGAUACUUUAUUGUUUUCUUUUAUUGGUGCACACAAUAAUCAAUUAUUUGUGAAAAUUUGUGUUAUAAUAUCAAUUUCCCGAGUGUAAUAUUGGUUGAAAAAGAUGACUUCGCGGAGAGAAAGGAUUUUUGUGAUCAACGAGAAUGAAGUGAUCCACAUUUUAUGUCCUGAAGACAGCGAUGAGGAGGACAAUAUUGUUCUAGAUGAGAAUAAUAUUAUAAUUUUGGAACAAAACGCUGAUGAAAUGGACUGUGAAGUCCUCCUACAAAGUUCCUCCUCGCCGGUGCAACUCACGGUUCCAGAGGGAUGUUCAUCUGGUUCUGAGGCUUGCAAUCGCAAGGGCAUGAAGCGGAAGGCAACAAGCGUCAAUGCUGUUGAAAACAUUUCUACAAAAGCACAAAGGAUUGACCAUGAUGUUGUGGCCGAUGCAAUGAAGAAUGGGAAGAAGAAUGAACCUCGCCUGAGAUGGUCUAAAGAUUUCACCCCAAUUGAGCAGGAGGAAUCUAGGUAUCCUUUCGGAGAUGUGAAAGCUAAGUUCGAUGAUGUAGAAUUGACGCCUUACAACGUUAUUCUUGAGACCAUUUACUUCUCAGAGCUUUCUGCAAUAAUCCUUGAACAGACACAUAUUUACACCAGUUUAUUGGGAUAAACUUGAUAAUGGGAUACCACAUUUUACCCCAUAUUCGCGACUACUGGUCCACUUCUCCUGACAUGGGCGUCCCUUUCAUCUCAUCGACCAUGACUAGGGACAGAUUUGAAAGCAUUAGAAGUGCUCUCCAUUUCAGCAACAAUGCCACGGCAGAUAAAAACGAUCGAGCUCGCAAAGUACGCCCUUUGAUUUCCCAUUUUAAUAAAAGUUUCCAAGACGCCCGUGAACCUUCGAAGAGGCAAUCUUCUGAUUUUUUAUAUUUAUUUAUAUUAUAUUUAUAUUAUUUACAAAAAAUAAUAAAGAAAAAUAGUA